UACGCGUGGGGCAUCCGCGGCGCCGACAGCCGCGUCGCGCGCUACGGCGUCGAGAGCGGCAGCGUGCGCGCCAUCGACCAGUCGGCGCCCUACGCCGAGCUCUGGCUCGGCACGCACCCCAGCGGCCCGUCGCUCCUCGACGACGGCACGGAGCUCGGCAAGGUGGUCAAGAACGGCCAGCUCCCGUGGCUGCUGAAAGUCCUGAGCGCGGGCAAGUGCCUGAGCAUCCAGGCCCACCCGGACAAGGCCCUGGCGAAGCGGCUCCACGAGACGCGGCCCGACGUCUACAAGGACGACAACCACAAGCCCGAGAUGGCCAUCGCGCUCACGCCUUUCGAGGCCAUGUGCGGCUUCCGCCGCCUCAGCGAGAUCGCGGUGCACCUGCGCAAGCACCCGGAGUUCGCCGCCUGCAUCUCUACGGAGGCGCAGCUCGGCGUCUUCAUGGCGUCGAGCCUGGACGUGGGCGGCCAGAAGCGCGCGCUCCACGGCCUCUUCGAGUCGUUCAUGGCGUGCGACGCGGCGACGUCCCGGGCCCAGCUCGAGAAGCUCUCCGCGUGGGAGCGCAAGGCGUCGCGCGCGAUCCUGCGCCUCGAGGAGCAGUUCCCGGGCGACGUCGGCGCCAUGGCGCCCCUCUUCCUCAACUACCUCCUCAUCGCGCCGGGCGAGUCCUUCUUCAUGGCCGCGAACGAGCCGCGAGGAUCCCGCGUCGGGCACGCCUACGUCGCGGGCGAGAUCCUCGAGUGCAUGGCCUGCAGCGACAACGUCGUCCGCGCCGGGUUGACGCCGAAGCACAAGGACGUCGAGAACCUCGUCGACAUGCUAAGCUACACCAUGGGCGGGCCCGACAUCGAGUUCGGCCGCCUCGUGCACGUCGGCGAGGGCACGCGGACGCUCUGCUACACGCCGCCCGUGCCCGAGUUCGAGGUGCUCAUCACGACGGUCGAGCCCGGCGCGUCGUACGAGAUCGCGCCGUGCGAGGUGCCGUCGAUCCUCAUCUGCAUCGAGGGCAUCGGCCACACCGUGUCCGCGCCGGGGCCCGACGGCGUC